AUGGAGAUCGUGCGCUCCCCCCGGCAGGUUGCCGCCGCAGGCGCGGGGGGCCUGCCGAUCUACAAGACGGCACCGCAGCUCGAGGUGCGGCUGGAGGAGUUUGAGCUCUUCGCCAUCGACCGGCUCCGAGUUCUCAAGGGGAUUUCAGAUGGACUCUCGCGUGGGAAGAGGCCGGAGGAGAUGGAGAAACUGGCCAGUGAAUUGUGGAAGACGCACAUGAGGCACCAGGAUCCAGCAGAGACUUUGAACAAGGAUAUAAUAUCGCACUUUGUGCUCCGCCUAGUCUACUGCAGAACGGAGGAAUUGCGAAAGUGGUUUCUCUCCAUGGAGACUACACUUUUUCGGUAUCGCUUUCGGCUUGAGAGUCUUGAAUCACAGAGGAUGCUUAUGACUGAGUUUCAACUGCCAUACAAAGCACUGCCACACUCAGAGUUUGAGGCUGUGAAAGACAAGUUGAGCCAAGUUGCACGUUCCAUUGGUCAAUCCACAAAUGUUGAGCAUGUGUUCUUCAAGGUACCUUUCGAAGAAGUUCCUGAUCUUGUUGCCAGCCGCCGGGUAUUUCUUUCAAAAGGCUAUGCUUAUGUGGCGAUGAGCCAGUUGGUUUCGCUAGUGGUUACUCAAUUCCGCUGCAAUAUCUCAAAGGCACUUGCUUUAACAAACAGAAAAUGGACAGCAAUCAUUAAAGAACAAGAAAAAGACAGGUUGACUCCUCCAAAGGAUGCUGUUGACAUAUCUCUAAAGGAUAUUGACCAACUGGCUAAAAGUUCUUUCCCUCUUUGUAUGCGGCAUAUGCUAGAUAAGUUGAGAGAGAACCACCAUCUGAAGCAUGGGGGUAGAAUGCAGUUUGGUCUUUUUCUUAAGGGUGCUGGACUAAAGUUUGAAGAUGCUCUUGCAUUUUGGAGGGUGGAAUUUUCUCAAAAGAUUGGUCCUGAGCGGUUCGACAAGGAAUAUGCCUAUACCAUCAGACAUAAUUAUGGAAAAGAAGGAAAACGGACAGAUUACACUCCAUAUUCAUGUCAAAAGAUCAUUUCUGCAACACCUGGUGUUGGAGAUCACCAUGGAUGCCCAUUUCGACAUUUCGGCGAAGAAAAUUUGCGGGCAGCACUCAACAAAAUGGGCGUUGGUGGGCAUGCAUUGGAAGAGAUAAUGGAUAAAGUGAAGAACAGGCAUUACCAGGUGCUGUACUUCAUUGCCAUUGGCUUAACCAAGCAAUAUGAUAUCCCUGAACUGACUGGUUUAUGUGGCAUAAUGAAAUAUACAGCUAGCUUGCACAUUAACCUUUGA